UCGCGCCAGUCCGCGGCGAGUUCUCCGUGCGGGAGCUGCGCUCUCUUGGUGUCGUCACGCGGGGGUUGUUCGCGCGCUAGAUCACACGUUACACAUCUUGUCUCCGGAUGCACAGAAGAGAGGCGAGAGUUUGCCGAUCGAACGUACGAGUGAGAGUUGAGUUUUGUGAGAGAAAAAGUGAGAAAGGACCGUCAAAACGCAGCGGCCCGAUCGCCACAUUCAGUCCAGAGCAAUGUCCUUGGAGGAGUCGCGGCGUUCGCAGCGUCCGUACAGAUACGGGAUGGUUCUCCUUUGCGUUGGUGCACUGAUAAACUGGUUAGGCCUCGCGGAGAACUACGUCGAACCGGUACGAUAUGUCGGUGUUGCUUGCAUAAUCGCAGGCGCUCUUCUCAUAUGUGCCGCAAUGUGCUGUUGGCUGCACGCACCGCCAAGUAGGGCAACCAUGCACACACAACACACAAAUCAUCCAAUCACAGCACAGAUAGACGACCCGAUUCACGUGAUCUCCAUCGAGGAACCAUCUAGUGGCUCCAGACAAAAGCCACCAGACUACGAGGCAGUUACGGACGCGCCACCUAGCUACGAUGAUGCAAUCAAGCUGAAUCCUAGUCAGCUACCCAGACAGAAUAAUACCACUAUGGUGUCGCUGCCAACCGUGCACACCAUGGUCCCUAGGACCGUGGAGAUCGCUUCUAGGGACCCCACGCCGUCACCGCCGCCACCUUACGCGAGGUGAGAUAUUUGGCAGUAGGAAUCAUGAUCGCAACAAAGAAGGCUUGCGGUGUGCUGGAGGUCCAGCGAACGGCGAUUCAGCUAAGAACCAGCCAAGUACAAAAGCGCGAAGGUGGAUGAGAGGACUCUGUCCGUCGUUAUAGCCGCCACUGCACUGUCAACGACGAGAGUGCACUCGAAGAACUGUCAACGACGAGCGAUCGUGACUCGACGUAACACUGGUCCUCGUUUACCUAGACUAAAGAUAUUUGUGUUCAAGGAAACAAACGGACUGUCCUCUAGAUGGACUGUCCUCUAAUAGACUCCGCUUUUGUCACUGAAUCAACGCAACGAUACCGAUCGAAGUUAGAGUCGAAGAUGAGGAGCGUAUCGCGUUGGUCGUUACGCUGCUCGAUGGAUUCCACGUGUGAGAGACGAACGGCGAAUCGAAUUUCGCCAAAUUCCGUCGAAUUUCGUCGUAUUCCAUCGAAUUCCGUCGCAGAAACUGGAGGGACGGAAAGAAUCGAGAGAGUCAACGAAGACGUAAACAUUGUGCCUUCCGGAAAGCGCCUCAUUAGAGAGACACAAGCCUAAAUGUUUGCACGAAAUACUCAUGACUCCGAUAAGUAGUUCCAGAAGUGUCGAGACUCGAAACGGACUUGACGAUAAAUUCGUAGCGAGCACGAUUAUUUCGUUUGGCUAAUUUAGAGCGAAUCUAAACUAGCAAAUACGAAUAGUUGGUAUUCUACACGCGUCGUGCGUUUCUAUGUCAUAUCUGUGUAGGAUCUAUACGUGUUCCUUAUCUUCACGAGGAAUAGCGUUCGUCGUUGUUCGAAUAACUCGACGAAACCCUUGAAAGACGGAGAGGAGUAGGAGGCGAAAAGUAGGAGUCCUAAAAAGUGUCGGAACCGGAAACGUUCCGAGUAUCAUCGCUUAGACAAUCGUGCGGCUUUUUAGAGGAAAUACGUUUGCUUGCCAUAUGAUUUCGAUGAUUGUCAUUUUACACGAUGUACAUACCACAUGCGAAAUUCAUUCGCACGUCCAUUUUAUUGUGAUAUAUACGAUGAUGCAGGUAUUAUACGAUACGUCACUAUGUCGAAUACGACGUUGCUUUGUGAAACAAGACUCUUUUUUUAUAAUGAAAAUGCAAAUAUAAUG